AUAAACUCUCUACAACACAUAACUGCUUCCUCAAAAAGUGUUUUUCUUGGGCUUGUGCUCUGCUCUUGGCAAUCUUUUUAAAGAACCAGAAGAUGCAUUUUAGGAACUUUGAUUACAUUUUUGGCUCCUUAAUUGCCUGUGCUGUGGACAACAAUGUCUUCAGUCAACCUGAAACCAGGGCCAGAUUCGAAGUGCUAUUUAGAACAUAUGACAAGGAUGUCACCUUUCAGUAUUUUAAGAGUUUUAAAAGAAUAAGGAUAAACUUCAGCAACCCUUUGUCAGCCGCAGAUGCUAAAAUUCAAUUACACAAGACGGAGUUUCUUGGCAAGGAACUGAAACUGUAUUUUGCUCAGACUUUGCACAUUGGAAACCCACACUUAGCACCACCAGAUCCAGAAAAACAGUUCUUGAUUUCUCCUCCAGCUUCUCCGCCUGUUGGUUGGAAACAAGCAGAUGACGCCACACCAAUUAUUAACUAUGAUCUUUUAUAUGCAAUCUCCAAACUAGGGCCAGGAGAAAAAUAUGAACUUCAUGCAGCAACUGACUCUACUCCCAGUGUUGUCGUCCAUGUUUGUGAUAGUGAAGAGGAAGAAGAAGAGGAAGACGAUGCAGUCAGAAAACAAAAACCAAAAAUUAUUCAAACCAGGAGGCCAGACUACACACCAUCUUACCAAAGCUGAACUAUAUAUAGAUAGAGCUUUCUCAAGUGUUGUAAAACUGACAUGCUCAGAGGAGAUGCUGGGGAACUGUGGAUGGUUAAAACUUGGAUGACAUUAGAUGUAGAAGUGGGAAUUCUAAUGUAAAGACACUUUAAGAAAGGGAAUGUCUUCAUUUCUAUGUUUUUAAUGCUCCACAUUGACUAACAAGACAGAUCCCAACAUGAACUUACUAAAUGUUUUGGAGAGGGUGAAGGCAUUGGGUGGAGGG